CCCAUCCCUCCGCGUCUUGCUCCUGCAAGGCAGCUAAAUCUGUGGGGGUAGCUUUGACUGACAGCCAAGACCUCCAGGGAUCAGUGCCCUCCGGAUCCCGAGUGGGUCUCACCCAUUUUACGAAGUUCUGAAAAUGUAGCAGAAGUGCCCAACCCUCGCGAGCUAGGAGAAUCGGAUGUACACUUAAAGAUUAGUGAUGAUGGGACCGCGCCACCCCGCCCAGGUAGGAAACUAGAACGUUGACUCUUUGCUUUCCGCUUUUAAAUGUCCCUUCCCGGGCACCGUCCCCGUCCCGGCAGGCUGAGCGCGGGUCGAGCGCACGGGACUUCCGGGAGCUCUAGGAAGUCGCUCGUCUCUCCGGCAGGAGGUGGGGUUUUCUCUGCUCGCCGCGAAAUCUGUGGGCGUAGACAGGGAUUCUGGCAGCUAGAGGAGUGGACCAGGGAGGGGCGGGUCGGUCCCGCGGCCGCUGAUCUGGACGAAGGUCCUCCGAGGCCGCGGCUGCCCGACCGAGAGGUGGCCAUUCAUUCGCGCGCAGGAGCGAGGGCCCCUUCGGGGGCUCUUUCGAACCGUGCCCAGGCCUGCAGGAGCGCCGCCCUGCGCUUACCCCGGGCUCCUGCCGACCUUCUCUGGGUGGAGGGCGUCGCCCUUCUUCCACCCCGCUGCUCUGGUGCCCGCUGCCAUGGCUUUCCCCCAUCGGCCGGACGCCCCGGAGCUGCCUGACUUCUCCAUGCUCAAGAGGCUGGCUCGGGACCAGCUCAUCUAUCUGCUGGAGCAGCUUCCAGGGAAAAAGGACUUGUUCAUUGAGGCCGAUCUCAUGAGCCCCUUGGAUCGGAUCGCCAACGUCUCUAUCCUGAAGCAGCACGAAGUCGACAAGCUGUAUAAGGUAGAGAACAAGCCAGCCGUCAGCUCCAGUGAACAAUUGUGCUUCUUGGUCCGGCCCCGCAUCAAGAACAUGCGAUACGUUGCCAGUCUUGUCAAUGCUGACAAAUUGGCUGGCCGGACUCGAAAAUACAAAGUGAUCUUCAGCCCUCAGAAGUUUCACGCGUGUGAGAUGGUGCUGGAGGAAGAGGGAGUCUACGGAGACGUGAGCUGUGACGAGUGGGCCUUUUCUUUGCUGCCUCUUGACGUGGAUCUGUUGAGCAUGGAGCUCCCAGAAUUUUUCAGGGACUACUUCCUGGAAGGAGACCAGCGCUGGAUCAACACUGUGGCACAGGCCUUGCACCUUCUCAGCACCCUCUACGGGCCUUUCCCCAACUGCUACGGAAUUGGCCGCUGCACCAAGAUGUCAUACGAACUGUGGAGAAAACUGGAGGAGGAGGAGGAUGGCGAGACCAAGGGCCGAAGGCCAGAGAUUGGACAUGUCUUCCUCCUAGACAGAGACGUGGACUUCGUGACAGCACUCUGCUCCCAGGUGGUCUACGAGGGUCUGGUGGACGACACCUUCCGUGUCAAGUGUGGGAGUGUUGACUUUGGCCCAGAAGUCACAUCCUCUGACAGGAGCUUAAAGGUUCUACUCAAUGCUGAAGACAAGGUGUUUAAUGAGAUUCGUAACGAGCACUUCUCCAACGUCUUUGGCUUUUUGAGCCAGAAGGCCCGGAACUUGCAAGCUCAGUAUGAUCGCCGGAGGGGCAUGGACAUCAAGCAGAUGAAGAACUUUGUGUCCCAGGAGCUCAAGGGACUGAAACAGGAGCACCGCCUGCUGAGUGUCCAUAUCGGGGCCUGUGAAUCCAUAAUGAAGAAGAAGACCAAGCAGGACUUUCAGGAGCUCAUCAAGACUGAACAUGCGCUGUUGGAGGGCUUCAACAUCCGGGAGAGCACCAGCUACAUCGAAGAACACAUAGACCGGCAGGUGUCACCUAUUGAAAGCCUUCGCCUCAUGUGCCUUUUGUCCAUCACUGAGAACGGUUUGAUUCCCAAGGAUUACCGAUCUCUGAAAACACAGUAUCUGCAGAGCUAUGGCCCUGAGCACCUGCUUACCUUCUCGAACCUGCGGCGAGCGGGGCUCCUCACGGAGCAGGCCCCGGGGGACACGCUCACAGCUGUGGAGAGUAAAGUGAGCAAGCUGGUGACGGACAAGGCCGCAGGAAAGAUUACUGAUGCCUUCAGUUCUCUGGCCAAGAGGAGCAAUUUCCGUGCCAUCAGCAAGAAGCUGAAUUUGAUCCCACGUGUGGAUGGCGAGUAUGAUCUGAAAGUGCCACGGGACAUGGCGUAUGUCUUCAGUGGUGCUUACGUGCCCCUCAGCUGCCGACUCAUCGAGCAGGUGCUGGAGCGGCGGAGCUGGCAGGGGCUGGACGAAGUCGUGCGGCUGCUCAACUGCAAUGAGUUGGCCUUCACAGACGUGACCAAGGAGGACAAGGCUUCCAGCGAGUCUUUGCGCCUCAUCAUGGUGGUGUUCUUGGGUGGUUGCACGUUCUCGGAGAUCUCGGCCCUCCGGUUCCUGGGCAGGGAGAAAGGGUACAGGUUCAUUUUUCUGACGACGGCAGUCACGAACAGCGCUCGCCUUAUGGAAGCCAUGAGUGAGGUAAAAGCCUGACGUUGUCCCUGCUGGUGUCGACGUCUUCCCUGGACACGUUUCCCGAUGGGAGGCAGGAAUGUGGCCCCAGCUGCUAACCAAGUGUCCACCAACUACCCUCCUGAGAGCCGGGGAGCACGGAACUUAAUCCGGAUUUAGAGAAGUUACCUGAGGACAGCGCUCACUUCUGGCCCCCAGGAUAGGUCUCUGUUUUGUGUAUGAAGUACAGCUUGUGCUGAAAAGAUAAGAGGAAGGGGAGGUAUCUUUUGCUAAAUCCUGUUUGAGUAUCAUUGUCCAUAAAGCCUCUACUCUCCAGUGUCA